UCCAGACAAUAUGAUGGAAUUAUGUAACGUAUAGUGCGUCAAUGCGAUUGUUGAAUGGUUAUCGAUGGAUGGCAGGGGAUAGGUGAAUUUAUAAAGUACGAUAAGAGUGGUGUAAUAUCGUUGUAUGUUAUUGAUUUUAGAAUUCCCGGAGAUACCGGAGCCAGAGCUCGUUACUUGUUUGAUGAAAGCGGCAAGAAGGUUGAACGAUUUUGCAAUGACCGUCAGAAUUCUCGAGAUGGUGAAAUUUAAAUGCAUCGUCAAUCCAAUUGCCUUUUGUUACAUAAUGCAAGAGAUCGAACCUGUAUUAACGGAGCUUGGUAUUAAUAGUUUAGAAGAGCUUGGCUACGAUAAGCCUGAAUUAUAUCUGGAGGAUACGCAUUUCCAUUAAGAGAACGAAGGACGGUAAUUUUCAGAGACUAGUUGGGAGUAAGAAGAGCGAAGAGAUGUAAGUUAGAAUUUAAUGUUAAAGUAAAAAAGUUAAAGCUUUGUCACCUUAUGUACUGAAUAAAUCGAUACAAAAAUCUA